GGUCCAACCUCUCCUUCUACCUAUAACCAUCUAUAAAAAGGACUUGUCCAUGCAAAUCAUUUCAAUUCAACAAUAUUCAUUUCAUCAUCAAAACAUUUCUCUCGUUUUAUAGGGUAUCAUUUGUUACAUUCAUUUGUGUUCACACGAAAUUUGUUCAAAAGAUGGAUAGUUCCUUAGGUGACAUGUUGGUUAAGGUGGUUGUGUUCUUCCUAGUCCAAGCUUUGGUGUACCUUAUCCUUUCAAAUUCAUCAAACAUAUUCUCCAAGGAUAUCAAGAGAUCAAACAGCUUCAAGCCGGCGCGUUCCCUCAGUAUUCGCCGGAUGUUGGCUUUGCUUUCCGAUUUUCCGCCGGAGGGAGAACCUUCUCCUUCUUCUACAAAGAGUCCUCAAUCACAGGCUACUCAAAGUUAGAAUGAGUAUUGUAUCAUCACAAAUUUGUAAAUUAUUUAUCUUAUUGGGAGUGUAGAGAGGCUAUUACAAAAUUAGUUAAACAGUAAUAGCUCAAUUAUUGAUUUGGGGUAUUAAAUUAUUUUAUUCAUUUGUUUUUUGUUUUUAAAAAUAAACUAGGAUGUAAUAUAUUUAUGAAUGUAAUUGGAUUGAUAUUUAAGUUUUAUUAAGAACUCAA